CAUCUAUAAGUGGUUACAGUUCAGCUUGUCUUCCCUCCUCCUCCUCCUCCUCAGCUCUCGCUAUACGACUCGUGUGUUUAUAUGUGUCUAUCAGGGGCAACCCCAAAAACAGUCCUGUAUAACUCCAGCAGCUGUAGCCAUGGCUCAGACAACAGUCGAAACGACACUCGAAGCAGGAGUUACGCCUGGCACGAAACAGAACGAUCAGUCGAAGCCUCCGCAGUUAUGAAAAACUCCUAGAAUUUUUAGAAAUAACGCUAGUGACAGUCAUCAAUUAGGCCAGAAGACUUCACUGGUUUCAAAAUAGAAUAGGCUGAUACAGGAACGGAUAUUCAACUUACUAAGUACAUCCGAAAAAGUCAGUGAGAUUAUUCAGAUCUGUAUAAAUAUACGAACAAGAAACAGAAACGCUCAAGUUGAAAUGUGAUGACGGCUAUGUGUGGCACUUUGAGGUGUAAGCUCUGACAUUCAAAAAACUUUGUGUAUUCAAAGAAAAACUGGAUAAUGUUAUUUCAAGGUGCAAGUCGUGUGGUUUACACAGUUGGUGCUUCGUGUCGUGAUGGGGGACGAUGACAAACGACCACGAAGAGUCCGCGCACAACCAAGUUGGGUAUUGGCGAACGGUCACGUAUUGUCAGAGAGUGCUGCCCUAAAACGGGCAUUGAAAGCCUCUCUUCUUGACUCACAGAAGGUAAAGAGCGGUGCGGAUCGGAGACGCAUCUCUGAACGCCGAAAAGCUGAAAAUGCUACUCAACGCGAGGACGACAUUACUAAGCCGACGGACACUCCGCGAAGCGCUGCCAGUUCAGCUGACUUAUCCACUGCCAAUGAUAUUAACCAUAGGAAGGAUGUGUCCGCUUCGAGGCGAGACCGAUUAUCUGCUGUUCACGAAGCCAAAGACAGUAAAGACAAUGAUAACAUUAAGACAAAAACAACUUUGCCGAGAAAGGUGACGCUCACGGACGAGCAUGUCGAACUGCGGAUUGAUCCAGGCGGUGGAUGUCGAAGUACAAACUCUAAAAGACCUGCUGCAGGUACCGUUUCUGAUGAGUGCGAAACCGCGAGUAGACGAGAUAAGCGUAUGAAGUUUCGCCGAGACUUCCUUGAGGACACCAUGCGCGAAACGACUCGAAGUCCUCGGAAAAAGUAUUGCGCACAAAGGAAAUUUGCUCAGAAUUGUAACGGUGGCGGUUAUUCUUCUUCACCGAUGUCCACCCCAGUAAAAGCCUUCCUCUCACCAGGACCUUCGCAUCCACCCCCGCCACCUCCGCCUCCCCUGAUCCUGCCUGCGGCUGCCACACAGGCCACGUCCCCUUUAAAGCCAACUUGUAAGACGGAGGAUUUUCUUACAUUUCUCUGUCUGCGUGGCACGUCCCUUUGUCCUGAGGAUCUCAAGUUUUUAGAGCAUCCCAGCAGUUUUGAAGCGUCACGUGGAAACGAUGACAAACUAAUGACAAUGUUAGGCAAAACUAAACGUAAUCUGCAGGGCAAAUUGGCCGAACUGGAGGAGUCCCGCUCCAGACGUACGCGAGAUUCAACCGAUAGCUUGGACUCGCAGAAACCACGCAAGGACCUCGUUGCAAAAGUGGCUAAGCUGAUUGCUGCCAAAUACAAAAAAAGCUUGAAUGGUGCUGUUGGGCCCCGACGCUUGUCGACCAGACAGUCAAGCAGUGAUAGCAGAAGUUCGGUGACAUCUACACCGUCACGUGCUGAACGGUUGAAAAUUCGUCAACGAAAAGUGGCUCUACUUGAGAAAGAAAAUAAAAGGCGAACCAAUAGAUUAGUGAAACCCGAAAUUACAGGCGAUAGCAUUCCCGAAAAUGGUGACCAAGUUCAAGAACAGCCUCUCAAUGAGGUCCGAAAUGCACCACAGACAACAGGAACAGUUGCGCAGAGGCGUUCGGCGCUUAUUCGAUCUCAGAGCAGGAGAACACAGCAACAUUCACGUCGGGGUAACCUCAUCGCACGGAGCCUUGUCAAAAGGGCGAAAACUGGGAAAGCGGUUUCAGGAUCAGGAGUUGGUAUGACACGAGAUAAUAGUAGAGAAGAGGGUCGGAGAGCGACGCGGAGUCUCGGGCCUAUUGCUGAGGUUGCACUCCCCAUAUGGCCUCAGUAUAAGCUCAAGCAGUACGAACUGUCGCUCUCAAAGAAAGGCAAGAAAACAAUAGGACCUUCAGUUGCUGCACAACCGACACCAACUCAACCAAUCAAGAUGGCAAAGCGAAUAGACAAACGUCGUUCCGAAAGACUUACAAACGACGGAAUCGCCAUUGCCUCACCUAGAAAGACGAUGCGACAUCGGAGAGCUCCUAUGGAGGAGCCUAAAACCAUUUCUGAAGCCAUAACCAGUAUCGAUGUUAAUGACCGAAUAGACAACCUGGUACCGAUCAGCUCAGAUUUAAUCAACACUUCCACGGAUGAGACAACGUUGGCAAUUAAUGGCCUGAUUUCUUCAAAGUUCGAGGGCGAUUUUGGCGUAUUAUCGACACGGGACAUUUUAAAUACUUCAACCUCUACGAAUCAUGAAACACCCGUUAAGGCGUCUCUUAAUUUUAUGAGUGACUGUGGAAGCCCGUGUGGGAGCGUCAUUUCUCGGGCCAGUGACACAAGUUUCAGAAAGCAAUCUACCCCCACCGAGCCUACGCCUGUGUGCAAAGCGAGCAAGGGUCGAAAGACCCAGGCAAUUCGGUGGUCUUCUUUAAGUGAGCCUUCACCAUCCACAUCUAACACGCCCUCCGCCUCUACUGGAGGGCCUGUUGGUAAGUGUGAAGUGGGUCCUACACUUGUGUUCGAGCCAACGGUUGAGGAGUUCCAAGAUCCACUGAAAUACAUCAGAGAAACGAUUGCACAAAUCGAUGUUACUACGCACUCUAUGUUUAAGAUUGUCACACCACUCAAGAACAGCACUGAAACAGUUGGUGCAAAGGAAGCAAAAAUUCCUGCACGCCUAUCAGAAUGCCGCGUAUCUUCAGAGAUGCGUUUUUUAGCGUACAACCAAUUUCUACAUAAAAUGUGGAGACGGUGGGGUCCAUCAACGUUGCAGUAUGCUUGUUUACGGAAAGCGCUCAAGAUUUCUGAAGGAAGGGAUAACGGCUCAGAAGAAGCAACUGAGGACAAAAUUUUGUAUAAGAGCGGGAAUCCAUUAAUCGGCGGUGUCGAAAUUGACGUUGGCCACCUCUACGAGACUGUACAAAACUUUGGAGGCAUUCAAGCUGUUAUGGAGAAAAAAAAAUGGGUCCGCGUCGCCGAUGCAAUGAGAAUACCUCGCAUGGCACACGACCGAGUUGCCAGACUUGACGAUGCCUAUAUGCGCUAUUGUCUUCCGCUUGAGGUUAUGAGCGAUUUGGAAAAGGAAGACGUUCUUAAUAAGGUUAAGGAGGAGAGGGAACGUCGUCGUGCGCAAGAUUUUUGGGACGAAAAUGAGACCCGUGAAUGUGUCUGGCCCGGCAGAAAUAUGACGUUAGCCGUCUUCGAGAGGAUCGCACGUAACACACAUACAAUGUGGUAUCCUCGAUCUGGUUCUGGCAUAUGCGGGGGUCUAGGUGGCGCUAGUGCAGACAUUGGCGCCGCCCCAGAGGACGUUGAGCACGACUUCUGGGCUAUUGUCGAGUCACGAAAGCGGCAUAUUGUUGUUAAUUGCGGCAACAUUGACACGCUGGCUUACGGCUGUGGAUUUCCGCCUCCUCUAACUGGUUUUAUAGAUAAGGUCUCAGAACAGGCCGGGCGAGGGAAGAAAGCGUCGUCGACAGCGCCAGCUGCUGAAAAAUCUAACAAUGGUGGAGAUGGUCGGGCUGUACCAUGGAAUACAAAGCUAUUGGCUCGCCACUCUGAGAAUGUUCUACGAUGGCUUGGUGGCGUGUCGGGCGUUACCAUACCAACACUGCAUGUCAGCAUGCUUUUCACCGCACUGCCGUGGUAUAGAGAUCCUCACAAUGUUAACUGGUUGGAUUAUCUGCACAGCGGAGCACCGAAGAUUUGGUACUCUGUACCAUCGAGCCAGGCCGAUCGAUUUCAUCGAGUGGUGUCUCGUCUUGCUCCGCAUGUACAUCAAAGCGAUGUUGGAAUACCGUCAGACGCAUGCUUGAUACCUCCACGAAUGUUGCUAGAUCGAGGAGUGCCACUGCAGAAGACCGAGCAAAAACCCGGUGAAAUGGUGGUUAUCCUUCAGGGGUGCUACAGCUCGAACGUUUCAUGUGGAUUCAGCCUUUCCGAAAGCGUUUAUUUCACCUGGGACGACUGGAUAAAACAAAGCUGGAAGAGGUUCCAGACAUUACGCGAGAACAGUGAACCCCCGACAUUUUGUCUGGAACAGUUAAUAGUAAACAUGGCCAUGGAGGGAGCCGGCGCUGGAUCAGGCAGUGGAGGUUCUGGCCGUGAAAAUUCGCUUAGCGAAGAGGUGUUAUCGGACGUGUGGACCGUUCUUAGCCGCAUGGUGGAAGAGUUGUCAACAAGCUGGAAUGUCCUCGAGGAAGCUGGGGUAGUUAACGAACGAAGAGAGCAGAGUGCGUUCCCAGUUGAAUGCGCAGACUGUCGAAUGUUGUGCGGAUUGGCAGCGGCUGUAUGUCAGAAAUCUCUUGGAGAAGAAGUGGUGUGCCUUGUCGAUGCCCAAGUACGACUCGAUGCUCCGCUUAGUCCACCAGCCACCCCCUCCACAGGUGCGACUACUGGUAAACCAGUCAAAAGCACCAGAGCUCAACAAUCGCAAACAGGAAUUAUCCGUACACCUGCUCAAAAUGGAUUACAGCAGCAACGACAACCUUCGACGAAAUUCAAAAUUGUGUUCUGCUAUUCAAUGGAAGAGUUGAAGUCGCUAUCUGCAAAGCUCCAGCAGAAGAUCAAAUAAGGUGAAAAACAACUCGGGAUAGACUUACAGCCUCCUUAUGAAGAUGCCUGCCUUAUAAAAAUGCUCAUCGCUUUUCCACACCGGUGUCUGCCAUUGUAUAUAUACAUUUCGGCGAUAGGCAUACUACGCAAUUGCAAACUUUGUGUGGGCCUUUAUACGUAUAGACGAAUGCAUCGCGCGCGACACUGUGCGGUUGUUUUUUGAAAAAGACAUUGCAAUCACUUCGCCAGUUUUUCGGGAGUGAUCAAUAACUGCCGCCACGAAGCCCUCUAUCCAAGGGCAUCAACAUGCGAGUACGAAUGCUAUUGCAUACGACUCGAUGUUUACGACUACGGCAUACUGCCAUUUUUUUUCUAAUACCACAUUACUGUGCAGCGAUUAUCUAAAUGUGAUCGUUCUGUAAAAUAACAAACUAUACAUUCAGCAUUGAUUUUUCCUGCUGUAGUGCAUCAUAGUAUUUACACUAAUGUAAUGAGCAUCCCGUUAUCUUGAAGUGCUUUCAAAAUUUGUUUCAUUUUUUUGCCGCUUGUAAUUAUUGGCUUCUAUCAUUAGUAGAAAUUUAGGCUCAAGGGGUGAUAACUCGUAAUUGCGAGAAAGAUCAUAAAUACGCAUGUCGUACGGAAAACCAAGAUAAUAUAGCAUGUAUAUAUAAAAUGUGUGUCGGUUUUAUUCGUAGCGUAGUGAAACACCGUUAAAUUUUCGCUACCUCAAAGUCGAUGAUAAGUAUUGAUAUGUGAAUACGCUUGGUUUUUUACGUGUAGAUGAAGCGAAAAAUAGCGGAAAAUGAUUCCACAUUAGCGAACAGAAAGCUUCGGACAGACUCCGGAUUUAUUGAAUCAGACAGAGUUUUGCAUGUUGUAGAUUGUAUUGUAUUGUACAUCCGUAUGCAGAGAGUCCACUGGAGUGAGAGACUGUACUUGCAGUUAGCCUUGUUUUGUAUAAAAAAAAACUUUUUGUCUUGUUUUGUUGAUUGUGUAAAGCUGUGCUAUACGCACAGUGAAUAAUGUACAUAGAUGUAUCGAAAGAGGGAUAUUCUUGCAGUAUUUGUAACAAUUUACAAUAAAUAUUAUAAUAAUGAUAAUGAUAAUGGUAAUUAUCCCAUGAACAACUGGUAUCAUACAUUAACUUAACUCAAAGUUGUCCUACCGGAUUUUCCAACAAUUUUUUCCUGGAAUCAACGCUGUUGAAUAACUUCGCAAAUAUUAAUAUAUCAAAUUUAUAAUUCUCAGUUAAUAAAUCAUUAGAAAAUCACUAGUCGGGCCGCUUAUAAUGCCAUAUAGCGGAUAAUAAUGCAUAAUAUCGGACAUGCCUGAGUGCACUUCCUAUCCUAUUUUUGACUAAAAAUGAAAACAAUAGUCGGUUUACUACUGUGAGGUAAAACAGGGUUUUGAGGUUUAGGCAUGCAUGGUUAAAGGCAAAUAACAUACAACGGUACAGAUAAUUCCACACGCCAGGACCACUAUGUUGAAAUCUUGGAACACUCAAUUUCCGGUCACCUAAACGCGUCAAGGCGUCAAGGGCCU